AUGGCAUACAGAGAAGAGCAAAAUCAAACUGUCUCUGAAUUCAUACUCUUAGGAUUUGGGGAUCUCCCUAAAUUACAGAUUCUUCUCUUCCUACUGUUUUUAGUGAUCUACUUGGCAACCAUGGCCGGGAAUCUCCUAAUUGUUUUUUUAGUCAUCACUGAUAGACACCUUCACACUCCCAUGUACUUCUUCCUAGGAAAUCUGUCCUUCCUAGAAUCUUGCUACAGCUCCACCAUCCUACCUAAGAUGUUGUCUGCACUCCUGACCAGUGAAAGAAGUAUAUCUGUGAAAGCCUGUUUGAUUCAAUUUUUUAUCUUUUCCUGCUUGGGAGGUUCUGAAUGCUAUCUUCUUUCUGUGAUGUCCUAUGACAGGUACUUAGCCAUAUGUAAACCAUUGCAUUAUUCCACCCUCAUGAACGGUAGGUUGUGCCUACAGUUGGCAGCUGGAUCUUGGGUAAGCGGACUCUUAGUUGGCACAAGUAUAACCGUCAGAGUGUCACGGUUAUCUUUCUGUGGCCCCAAUGUAAUUGAUCAUUACUUCUGUGAUGUCAUUCCUGACAUAAAACAAAUAUCUUGCAGUGAUACGCAUCUAGUGGAGCUAUCGGCCUUCAUAUUUGCCUGCAUUUUCACUCUGCCUCCUUUCCUCUUGACAAUGUCUUCCUAUGUUUUCAUCAUAGUCAUAAUCCUCAGAAUCCCUUCUGCCACUGGAAGGCAAAAGGCCUUCUCCACCUGUUCCUCUCACCUCACAGUGGUUGGCCUAUUUUAUGGAACUCUGAUGCUUGUCUAUAUGCUUCCACGGUCCAGGAAUCUCAGAUAUAUGAAAAAAAUAUUCUCUCUCUUCUACACUGUUCUGACUCCUAUGGUAAACCCCCUAAUAUACAGCUUGAGGAACAAAGAAGUGAAGGCAGCUUCAUGGAAAGCUGUCAGGAAGUUCAAGUUCUAUACAACACUUCAAAAGCCCAGUUUUUAA